AUGCCUCGCACCGCUGUGAAGGGCCAAGUCCUCGCGGAUCUGGUAGUUGAAUUUGCCGAACCCUCAUCAGAAGGAGGAGGAGGGUCACUAAACUCAAACGAAAAACUGAUCGGCACAGUCUCUCAGCAAGAGCCCACUUGUUGGAAAGCAUACAUUGACGGCGCAGCCAACCAAAGGGGCUCAGGGGUGAGGCUUGUCCUGAUUUCCCCCGAGGGGAUUACCAUCGAAAAAUCGUUAAGGCUGGGCUUCUCCGUCACAAAUAACGAGGCAGAGUAUGAGGCCUUAUUGGAAGGAAUGUCUGUGAUCCAAAAGCUGGGCGGGAAAUCCAUAAACAUGUUCUCAGACUCAAGACUUGUUGUGGGACAAGUAAAUGGGGAAUUGGAGGCGAGGGAUGAAAAAAUGCAAGAGUACCUAGUCCAAGUCAAGCGCUUGCAGGCGCAUUUCAACUAUUUAAGCAUAAUGCACUUAUCCAGAAGCGGGAACACCCACGCUGACUCCCUUGCAACGCUCGCCACCUCCUCAGUGCAACCCCUCCCUCGGGUCAUACUCGUAGAAGAUCUAUACAGGCCAUCGAUGGUGAGAACCGAGUUGGUGCAUGUUCACAACGUCAAGGCAGGGCCUAGCUGGAUGGAUCCUCUAGUACUGUUUUUAAAGAACGACAUCUUACCCAAAGAUAAGAACGAGGCCAAUGCCGCUGAGGUUAUCCUGGAGGAAUUGCAUGAAGGAAUUUGUGGGAGCCAUAUGGGGGGACCAUUUCCUAAAGCAGUGGGGAACAAAAGGUUUCUUCUCGUUGGCACGGAUUAUUUCACAAAAUGGGUCAAAACUGAGCCGCUGGCAAACAUUAGAGACGUUGAUGCCAAGAAAUUUAUUUGGAAGAACAUCGUCACCAGGUUCGGAGUCCCUCACACCCUAAUCUCGGACAACGAUCUCCAGUUUGAUAGUAAAACUUUCAGAAGGUAUUUUAGCGAGUUGGGAAUUGCAAAUAGGUACUCCACACCGGCUUACCCACAGGGGAAUGGGCAGGCCGAGGCCGUUAACAAAGUCAUAGUAAAUGGGUUGAAAAAGAGAUUAGAUGACACGAAAGGGAGGUGGGUAGAAGAACUGCCCAAUGUUUUGUGGACGUACCGCACCACGCCACGCAGGUCCACAGGAGAGACCCCCUUUUCAAUGACCUAUGGAGCUAAGGCCGUCAUUCCUUUAGAGACAAAUUUUCCAACACUGAAGACGAGCACAUUCUGUCCCAAUGCUAACAACAGGCUGCUGGAAAAAAACUUAGACCUCAUCGAGGAAAGAAGGGAGAGAGCAAUGAUCCAACUCGCCUACUACCAGCAUAAGCUCAAGCAAGGUUAUGAUGCCAAGGUGAAGCUAAAACCCCUAGCACCUGGGGAUCUGGGUCUUCAGUUGCAAGGCGGUCAUCUCCUGCUGUAG